GUCUAAUGCACAAAAGACGACAGGGACAAAUUAUAAUAGGAAUAAUUCUCCUAUACAGAGUAUACAAGAAAUGAUACUCAAAUCUAAAAGAUGCUGGGAAGUUUAGAUGAUAGACAGAUAAGUCACCCUCAGAUAAGUGUAUCGUCCCGAAUUUCUGUUGCUGUUAUUUACUAGUUAUCAAAAAUUAACCAAAUGACGAGUGCACGAGCUGGCUUUGUACCCACACAACGUCAUGGCUUGCAAGAAUGCCUUAGCAAAGUUGACUCCAGCAUAUCAUCCCAAAUGGCACCGUCCGUAAAGCAGCGAAAAACAUCGAGCGAUAAUGUAAACACAGAUACCGAAGUAUCGAAGUCCGUCGCUAGGAAAGCAAUUACGCUGGAAGUGAUUGCCAAAUUGAAAGCUUUGGAUAUUGGUUGCCAAGGCUCUAUAUCGUCAGGGAAGGAAUUACAAAUCAGACAAGCGGCAGAACGCUCUUUCCUGCGCGAAAAUGAUUCCUCUAGCGAUAUCAGUUUCACACAAGGAACUCGAGCUGUGGAGAUCAAAAGAACGCAUAACCAGCCACUUGGAUUUUUUAUCAGGCAAGGAGAUGGUUGGGGAAGAAAGGAUGGAGUUUUCGUUUCUCGGAUAACGCCUGGCAGUUUAGUCGAUUGUGACGGGAGUUUAGCGGUAGGGGACGAGAUUUUGGAAGUGAAUGGGGUCUGCCUUGCAGGUUUUAGAGUACACGAUGUGGUACAUUUGAUUCAAAUCCCAAAGCGGCUGAUUCUAACAAUAAAUAAAGAAGCUAAGGUCAAGCGUUCACAGCCUAAGAUAUCUCAACGACAACACAGCGCUCCAGACUUACUUUCAUUUCAAAAAAGAUUAGAUAAACGCGGGUCUACAAGUAAGCAAAAUCAACACAGAGUCAUGGAAAAUUCGACGAAAUCAACGGCGAAGGCAGUUCAAAAAUCAAAGCGAAUGUCUGUUUACGAUCACAACUCGAAUGCAAAUCAGGUGGCGGUAAACAAAGACCCUGAAACAAACUCUACAGUAGACGAGCUUAUAAAAGCCCUUUGGGCACACAGCGCGAGUGAUUAUGAGUGUGAGAUAGACUGGAAACAAUCAGUUGAUGAGGCUGGAGGCAAGCUUCGCGAUCACGCAUCUUUUGACAGUGGAAUUGUACAAAACAACCCAAGCUUCAAAAGUAAUUCGCUUCAUUCGGUUGGUCAGCGAAUUACCACCAGUACCAUUACUCCUUCGACUACUGUCAACUUGAUAUUUGACGAUGAUGACGGAGAUGGUGGUCUUACCGUGACAAGGUAUGCCUCGGGGAAUGCGUUCAGCGGAGUUGGCGAUGGAAAGCAUCCGUAUAGACGGGACAUACAGCCGAGUUCCACAACCUCUAAUGUCGUGUCCCAUACGGAAGGAGAAGUGACAAAGCAGGCAAUUACAGCCAGACAUGCUCACGUACAGGCAAAUGCUACCGUGUCCGAAGCAAUGCCAUGGUCUUGUCCGACACCUAGACAAGAUAGAUAUGGUGAGGGCAUAUCAUAUGGAUUUCCUGUCGAGAACCGAGCUGAUACCGCCGCUAUGGAAAACGGUUACCAUACAAAAACUAAGAGAAACCCCUACAGACGCAAUCCUGAUACAAAUCAUUCUAAUAAUCCCGAAAAGUCACCCACCAAGACUGAAAGUCACACAAAGUUAAGAACAGACCAAAUGGCGCUCCCGGCUCCCAUCCCCUCCCUCUCUAGUGGCAGCUCCCCAGGGGGUAGUCCUAAAGGGCGGCGGCGACUACCGUCGUUGCCCACCGACGGUGAGCGUCGGGGCUCGCAACGGAAAGUCGUUUCUCCGGGAAAACAGUUACUAAAUGUUCCUGGGAGAACCCAGCGAAAGCUCCCAACCCCUCCAAGUUCGCCUGUUGUUAUUCACAAACCUUUAGCGUGCCCACCGCACACUCGAGAGCGAAGGGCCUCUAAUGCCAGCCCCGCCAAUAGCUCUGAGUAUGAUGGAUCUCGUUCCCCGGGGUCAGACAGGACCCCGGGGACUUUGACUCACUUGCUAGAUUCACUCGUGAAAUUUAAACCUCAAAAGGAGGUGGAGGGAGAAAUGAAGGACCCUAGCAAAAGCCCUGCCAGCCCGCGAACCUAUCAACGCAGCAAAUCCGCACAUUGUACGGAUAUCUUCGAGCAACAGAGGCUAUCGAUGCUUCUGCAGUCACUCACCUCGGGAACAAUAAAAUCUGGGUCUAGUGCUUCGAAAACCUCUGUGGUUGUCAAUCAAGGUUUCAACAGCGACAAAACGAACAUUGCUUCGGGUGUCAAUAAUAAUGGCGAUCUGUCACCACGGCAACGUGUAAACUCGGAACUGCUGGAGUCGAGCACAAAAACCGAUACUUUGCCGAUGAAUAAUCCUCGAGAACGUGUAUCAUCCGAUCAAUCACCGAGGUUUUAUCGACGUUUCAGCUCUUCGACGCUACUAAACAAAGGCCGCGGCAAGACUAAGCAAGUGAUGGCUAACCCCGAGGUCCAUGUCGAGCGCCAACCGGGAUUCCUGUUGUAUCCGGAUGAUUAUGCAAACGAGGACCUAUCCAAGUCACAUGCGGUGUCGGGGAUGGUGCACGUUCGGAUCAUCAAGGCCACACAUCUGCCCUUCACGGAAAAGAAAAAGACGAAAUCGUACUGUGCUAUAGAGGUGGGCUUUGAGAGAAAGGCAUUCACGAGUUUUAAAAAAUCUUCAAAUAAGAUAACUUGGGAUGAGGAUUUUGAGGUGGAGAUUCAGCAUGGUCGAGAAAUGUGUCUUGCCUGCUCGACCAGCAACCGAGAAUUCGACAAACCCGUGGCCCGGACGUCGUUCUAUUUAGCACCUCUGGUCCGUUGCGGACAGAGUCACCAGAUCAUCUUUAAACUUCAGCCAAGUGGUUUUGUUCACGUGGAGCUGGAAUUCACUGAGCUUAAGACGCUGCUAAAGAGGGUGCAGUCGAGUAAGAAGUCUGGUGUCUUCGGGUUCCGUUUGAAUGUAACUUCAGAGCUCGAGCAGUCUAGCGUGCCGCUUCUCGUGCGUAAAUGUGUGUUGGAGAUUGAGAAGCGCGGGCUAGAGUCAGUUGGACUCUAUCGAAUUUCUGGUAAUGCGCGAAGGAAGAAGGAGCUUCGUGGGUUCUUUGACGAGAACAGUGAAGCUGUAGACAUAUCCGAGGAGAACUGCCCGGAUAUCAACGUUAUAACGGGCAUUUUGAAGGACUAUUUACGCGAGUUACCAGAGCCCUUGAUCACAGAGAAGAUGACAGAGGGUCUUAGAAAGGCUGCUAAGAAUGAAAUACAGGAUAAAAAAGUAGAUGAACAGAAGCAAGUAAUGUCCGAACUUCUGUCCGGACUACCGGACCCUAACCGCCACACUCUCGUAUUCAUACUGAAUCAUCUUCGUCACGUGAUGGAAAAAAAGGAAUUUAAUAAGAUGGACGCUCGCAAUUUGUCUGUUUGCCUCGCACCCGUCAUGCAGUGCGCACCCACCAACCUGAAUGACUCACGUGACCUGCUGGACUUAAAGCUUUACCUAAAAACCGUGGAGGUACUCCUACAGAUGUGCCACAACAUGAAGGACAAUAUUUUAUGAUGACAAGCGAAAGUUGUUCAGGUUUUAAACUGCUUACCAUGCCACACAUCUCUGUUUGUUAAUAAAUGUCUGUAUUUUGCA